AUGGAAGUGGACCAUAAAACAAAUGAGCUGGUGACCGAAUCAGAAAAGACUCAGCAAAAUUCAGGCGGUCAAAAUAAUAUUGAUGAAGAGUAUUCUGUCAGCUCAGAACAAGCUGUUGUUGAUCCAAAGGAACUUGAUAGGAUUUACAGAAAGCUCGAUCUUCGAAUUAUCCCUGCCCUUUGGUGCAUGUAUUUUUUGACUUCGUUCGGUUCAAAUUGUUAUGGUGUCACAUUAACCAUGAAUACUGCCCAAGGUCACUCACUUUCUCAAAGCUUGAACCUUGUGGGACAUGAUCUUUCUACUGCUUCGGCGUUAUAUUACGUGGGAUAUAUCAUCUUUGAUGUUCCCAUGAAUUUAAUUAUGACAAAAGUCAGCCCUCAGGUUUGGCUCUCUAGAAUUGUCAUUACAGUGGGAUUGGUGUAUACAUGCUACCACGCGCUACACAAUAAUCAAGGCCUCACGGCAGCAAGAUUCAUCUCAGGAAUGGUUGGUGCUGGAACUUGGCCAGGGUUGAGUUAUUAUGUGAGCUUGUGGUAUCCAAACGAGAGACUGACCAAAAGAAUUGGGUACUAUUUUACUGCAGCUCAGAUAUCGUGUGCGGUUGCAGGAUUGGUAUCAGCUGGAUUUCAAAGAAUAGAUGGUGUUAAAGGUAAAACAGGUUGGCAAUGGAUGUACUUGUGUUAUGGUGUAAUCACAAUUGCUGUUGGAAUAGCCUUACUUUGGUGGUUACCUGAUAGACCCUUUGCGCAACAAAGAAAAAGCGAAAACAAGUUUGUUAACUUCUACUAUAAAGUAAUGACACCGUCGCACCCUCUAAAUGCAUAUGAGAAAGAAAUUCACAGGAAAGACUUGGAACAUCGUUAUAAACUAAUGACUUGGGGAUGGAAAGAUAUUGUUCUUAUCAUUACCGAUUUGAGAAUUUGGCCCAUUAUAAUUAUGUACUUUGGUGUAGUUGGAACUGGGUUUGGAUUAGCAGUUUUCGGUUCUACAAUUAUUGCUGCUGAAAACCCAAGUUUGACUUCGAUUCAAGUCUCUUUGUUGUAUGCACCGAUUUGGUUGUUUGACUUAGGAGGUAUUCUUAUAAUAACACCUUUUGCUGACAAGUUCAAAUCCACUCGGCCCUUGAUUUUUUCAUUUGCCUGUUUGAUAAUUAUGGCAGGAAUGUUUGUGACGACGUUUGCACACGGGGAAUGGAAUAAAUAUGCCGGGCUUUUGAUUGCAGGGUUUGGUUUAGGUCCCACAGUGCCUAUCUGCAUGUCUUGGUCAGCAGAAAUAUUCGCAGCUACAUACGGAGACGUAGGUAGUGCUGUUAGUGCUGCCUUGGUGAGUGGUUUAGGAAACUUAGGAUCAGUUACAGCUACUUACGCAUUGUACUCAGGUUGGCCGGCUGAUGAAGCAAGGUUGUAUAAGUAUUCCAACAUGAUGUUAGUAGUAAUGCUUGGUGUAAGUAUCAUAGCCUCUGGAAUAUGUCAUUUGCUUAAAGACAGGGUAAGAAGGGAUGGUCCUAAAGCUCUUAAUUUAGAAAACUCAACACUCUGA